UCUAGAUUCUAGUCGCUAGAGUAGUUUACUGUAUUCUAGAUUCUAGACUAGAUCAGCAGAUCUAGAUUUAUUAUUAUAAUGGGAGAUGCCUGAAAGAAACUGUUGGUUGCUGAACUAAUUGAGGACUAAACGGCCAAUCAGGAUACAGUAGUCAAAAUGAAAGAAAUUUGUCAUUCCAAUCCAGUAUUAGUUGGAGUUUUAUUACUUAUUUGUAGCUGUCCUGUACUAGGAAAAACAUGUUCAGAGGGACAAUAUUUGUCAAAAGGUAUCUGUAAACCAUGCCCAGAUAAGCAGUACAUGAGUGAUAAAAAUCACACUAAUGAAGCCUGCAUUCCAUGCACAAUUUAUGAUGCCACAUAUAAUGUCCAGCACUACGAGGGAUGUUCUAGUGUAUCCAACAAUCACAUAACAAAGUGUGUUGAAAACUUCUAUAUUAAAGAUGGUGAGUGCAUCUUCUGCCCAUUUUGCAGUUCAGACAACCCUCCACCAGAAUGUUGUCAGGAACAGACAAGUGCAGCAGUACCUGUUCCAGAGACAUCCACACCUGUUGACUUCAAUGUUACAGGGCCGGGUACGACAACAAUGUCAUCAACAGGUGUCUCAACUGCUAACCCAUCCCACGGGUUUAACAAAACUGACAGCACAGAGACUGAUAGUGAUUCAGCAUUUCCCAGUAUUAUUGCCUGUGUUGUUGUGUUUGUGGUCAUUUUAAUUCCUGUACUUGUAGGUGGCAUCUAUUGUUACAAAAAGAAAUGUUCAAAGCCUACACCUAACACUAAUAAAGGAGCAUUAAUUAAACACGAAGUGAGCAAUGAUUUAGUUCAGGACGCAAGUAGUUCCUGUUCAGUUCAACUUUUAAAACCUGAGUGUUAGCAGCCAUGGCAUAGUGACUGUGUUUCUAGAGUUUAUCUGCUGAGGUGUAUUGGAUUAAAACAUUUGUCAUGAUGCAAAUAAAAUAAAAAAUUAUACAGCUCAUUCCGACAUGUAGAAUGUUUACUGUCCAUCUUUCUGAGAAGUCAAAUCAACAUAACAACACCAGCAUCUUUACAGAAAGUGAUUAUACUAACAGUGACUACAUGUUCAGAUUGAGGAAAGCUCUAGUAAAACUUCCAGUGUACAAAGGUUUUUUAGCUCAACUGCUCAUUGUUAGAUCGAAAGUUUUCGCGGUCGCCGUGGUCAGGCACGGUUGCUAAACCGAUAAGUUCCUAGUUUAAACACCCAGGCAGCUGAGACUCAAUAGCUGGGGACAACAAUCUAUCUUGAGAAAAAUACUCCAAAAUCAGUAGUAGUUUUAUCUUGGAUGGACAGUCUAUGGAACUAAUUCCAGAAAGAAAAACAGGCUGAAAUUUGAGUCAACUGGGCGUAUAGUACAUAACAUGUUAAUAUAUAAUACUUGUGUUGUAGGAAAUACCAUCCAACAUUACAGUUAAGAAUGAAGAAGAAAGUUUUUAAAGAAUCUAUCAUAAAAAAUCCACAUUUGUGCAUAAUGACACAUGUUAUCAGGGAUUGCCACUCGAAAAUUGUCAUGACCAGCCACAACAGAGCCUGGACAAAAAUCCCUGGACUCUAAUCCAUUGGCUCCCGAGGCAAACGUGACAAUACAAAAAACCACAUGCACAAUAUGAAUGAAAUCCUUGCUCAUUCUUUCCAUCUACUCAAAUUAGUUGGUUUCUUAUACCCUCCUGCCAGCAAAAAAUUAUCUAAAGCAAGAUUAAUGAUCAAGGUCAAUAGAAACUCGAUUGAUGUCAUGAAAAGAAAUGGAAGUCAUUUUCAGUUUUUUGUUUUCUUUAGGAGAUCAAGUACAUGUAUAUGAUGAUGACUUAACCUUGCUCUAGAUGGACAAGUCCAACAAGCUCUCAGCAACAAAGCCUUCUCUUUUCCACUUUAUGUUUAUUUAUUUCUGUUCAGAAACAUGUUCUUAUUGUAUCUAAUAUCAAUUACUUCUGCCUUUUUUAAUUAUGUGUAAAUGAUCUUAUGGAUGUAACAUAUGUAAAGAGUUAAUGUACUUUUAGUUUGAUGGUCCUGAUGGCAAACAGUGUAGUAGACUUAUCUAUUUCUGUGAUUUGAUUUAUAAAAUGAUUAUGUGGAUGGUGAAUUGUAGAAACUUUAUUUACCCUAAUAUGCCCUUCCUAUUCAAGCGGUAAAUAAAAUUUGAGAUUACUGAGACUAAAAUAUGUUGCCUGAGCCUAUUUCUAUACAUGUAAUUAUUUUUCUACAGCCCUUUAUAUAAAUUGUUUAAAUAAUAAAAUAUAAAUAAUAAAUCUUUAUGAGUAAAUAUAUAAUAUAUACCUUUGAUAAUUAUUGUCAACUUAAAAUUUUUUCUAGUCAUGCCAGUACACUUCAAAAGUGGUGACCAGAAAACAGCGCACAAAAAAAAAAAAAAAAAAAAAAAAAAAAAAAAUCGGACUGGCAUUUUUAUUUCUGUACAUUAUAGCAUAAUAUAACAAAUUUCCUUGAAAUUCGACAAUAUUAAAAUGUAUUAGUAUAAUUGAUUUGUAUUUGCAAGAUUUAACGUUUUUGCAAUUUUCCGAUUGUGCAU